AUGGCAACGACAACAGCAAUACAAACAGCAACAGCAACAACAGUUGCUCAGCAAAGGCCGCUGCGCGGUAUUUCAAUAAUAAUUGAAGCUGAGCCAAAGCCAACUGCAGUCAACACCAAUCACAACAACAACAACCGAAACAACAACAACAACAGCAACAUUGAAAGCGACGAAAUGUCGCUCAAGUCACAGCGCAUGUUGUUGGCAUUUGGCGACAAGCACGGCAGCAAUUUGCAGACGCUGCAGGUUGACCAUGCAACUAAAGUGGAUUUGGAAACGAGUUGCAACAUAGAUACUGCCACAGAAGCAGCAGCAACAACAAAAUUGUAUCCACAGUUGCUGCUGCGCAUUGGCCAAAGCGAAGAAGCAGAGACAAGAGCAACAACAGCAACAUCGGCAGCAGAGGCCGAGGUUGAGGCUGCCACAACAGCAACUAUUAUCAGCUGCAAUGUUAGCGACGACGACGAAGACAACGACGUCGACAACGACAAUGUUAGAAACGUGUUGCUGGCAGCCGCAACAGUUGAUGUUGCAGCUGCAUCAGCGGCUGGUGAAAUUAUUGCUGAGAGCGUCGCUAGUCAGUUAGUCGAUUGGACAACGGCAACGAGUGCACUGACCGAUGCACAGCAGCAGCAGCAGCAUCAGCAGCACACGGUCAAGAUACAGAUUGCAAACAGCAACGGGCAAAGUUCACCCACAGCGACAACAUUAACGCCAGCAACUGUUGCAGGUCAAUGCCAACAGCGUAGGUUGGGCAAACAGAUUAGCGUGGUCAAAUUGAACGACAGUCAGAGCAGCAAUCAUAGCAGUGAAAUGGUGCUGCAGCUCAAGCACCAGCAACAACAGCAACAACAGUUGCAGCAGCAGCAACAACAACAGCAACAGCAGCAACCCUAUCAGCUGUGCUAUUUGGUGUCAAGUGGUCAAUAUUCGCCCUGUGAGACACUUGACAGCGGCACUGGCAGCGAUCUGGAGAGCAUCAAGUCACCGGACAGCAGCAGCAGCAGCAGUCACAGCAGCAACCACAGCAGCCACAGCAACGGCGGCCCUUUGCAGCUGCAUUUGAAGACAACGCGCAUACGCGUGAAUAAUGCAAGUGCCACAGCAACAACAACAACAACAGCAACAUCAGCAACAACCACAACAAGUGGCAUGCAACACAGUCGCGCCUACAGCCUGACCGAUGACAGCGAAGAAUGCGACGAGAGCAGCAGCUCAUCGCUGAGCUGCGAUUCUCUGCACUCGAAUGAUUUGUUGCCUAGCUCCUUGUUGCACGACAUACGCAACACGGAACGCGAUGCAAUCACAGCAAAAUCAGCAACAACAACGUCAACAUUAACCCCAUCAACAGCAACCAAAAUCGAUGGUCGCCCGCUGCAAUUCGAGGCGGAUCAAUAUUAUAAUUUCCAUGUGCAUGAGCAUGACAAUUAUCGCAGCUUUGGCGACUAUGCAACGCAGUUGCAACAGCAACACCAGCAACUGUUGCCAGAGGAGCAGCAACUCGAUGAGGAUGAGGAUGCUUUUGUCGGCUACAAGGAUGUGCGACGUGCCUCCCAAGCGUCGACCAUUCGCUCAUCGAAGGGAACCGUGCGCGGCGUCAAGAAUCGUGUGCGCAAUGGAGUAGCCACCUUCUUGCAGCUGCAGCAGCCCAACGCCAAGAACUACAAGGAGAAGGAUGUGGGCAAGGUUGUGCUGUACACCACAAGCAUGGGCAUCAUACGGGAUACUUAUGGAAAGUGCGCGAAUGUUAAGCAGAUACUGCGCACUUUGCUCAUCAAGUUCGAGGAACGCGACGUCUUCAUGAGUCUCGAGUAUCAGCAGGAGAUGCGCGAUCGAAUGCAACACGAGACGAUACGUGUGCCGCAGCUCUUUGUCGAGGGUCAGCACAUUGGCGAUGCGGACACUGUGGAGCGUUUGAAUGAGAGCGGCGAAUUGCGACAGCUGCUGCGGCCUUACAAGUCUCUUGCAACGGCUUACACCUGCCAGACGUGCGGCGGCUAUCGCUUGCUGCCGUGCCCCUCGUGCAACGGCUCCAAGAAGUCAGUGCAUCGAAAUCACUUUACCGCCGAGUUUGUGGCUCUCAAAUGCAUGAACUGCGACGAAGUCGGAUUGGUCAAGUGUCCCAAUUGCUAGGCAGGAGCACAGAAGCACACAGGACAUCAGCAACUGGCAACUCACAACUGGCAACUGGCAACCGAAGCUGUUUAAAUUUAAUUUAUUCACUCGCGUACCAUUUUUUUUUUUUUUUGUUUCGUAUCUACUAGGAAUAUUAUUAUUACUAUACGUAUUUCUAUCCGCAGUAAUACUUUUUUUUCGAUUUUUUUUUUGUAUUUUGUAUAUGUAUCUCUUUAUGCUACGAAGCGCAAAUGUAGUCGUUUGUUAUUAACAGUUUGUGAUAUAUAUUUGAUUCAGAGUUUUGCUGCCAAGUUUCGCAUAUUUGCAAAAUUUUGGCCACAGCACAUCUGACGGCGAUCUGGCCCUGGCUCUGGCCACUUGGCGGAAGAACUGCACAAUAAAUACUUAUAUACAUUAUA